AUGGUAAUCUUAACUCCGAAUAUAUAUUACAAUAUGGAUUGUUUUCCAGAGGUAGUUUCUGAUCUUGUGGAGUGUAACAUAAAUAGGGUUUUAUUAAUGACUAAUACUGCAGUAAAAAGUAAAACCAAACAUAUAUUAUCAACUUUGGUAGCUUCAGAUAUUAAAGUUGAGAUUUUAGUAAUUCGUGAAUCCGAUGCAAAUGUCUUAAUCACAGCACUUUCACAAAUGAAAGCCUUUUGUCCAGAUUGUAUUAUAGGUCUAGGUGGUGGACAUUGUAUGGAUAUAAUAAAGGUUUUAAGAGUUCUAUAUGAAGAUCCUGGAACUGUAUUAAAAUCUUUAGCCGUAGGAACUACUAUAAAUAACGAAAAUAUAGCUUGGAAGAGGGCACAACUGCAUAGAAAAGGCACAUUGAUAAAAAAACUUAUUUGUAUUCCAACAACAUGUGGAUCUGGUAGUGAAGCUACUAGUACUGCAAUAUUACGUAAUGAUGAAGGGCGUCAUGUAAUAGUAUCUGGUAUAGCAUUUCUACCUGAUAUAUCUAUUGUUGAUUGUAGUUACAUAGUAGGAAUACCGAGAUUCAUUGCUUCAAUAACAGGAAUUAGAGCUCUGCUACAUUGUUUGGAAGCUCAUGUUAGUGCAAUGGCUAGUGACUAUUCAAGAAGUAUGUCAAUUCAAGCAGCAAAAAUUUUAUUUACAAAACUUGUCCCCUCAAUAAAAUCACAAUCAAUACCUUUAUUAAACGAUAUUCAUAAGGCAGCCUCAAUUACUGGACUAGCAAUUGGGGCUACAGAUUUUGGUCUUGGGACAGUUUUAACAAGAAGUUUCUCUGAGAUAUUUGGAUUACCUCAUGGUUUGAUUGAUGGUAUAGUUAUCAAACAUGUACUCAUAUUUAAUGCGAACAGAGAUCCACAAGCAAGAAGAUGUUUAUGUAAUAUUAUUAAAUGUUUAGGAUUAUCAAAUACUCGAGAUGAUGAAGAUUCCUAUUCAGAUAUUUUUAUUUUACUAGAUUUAUUGGAUAAUAUAUUAAAGAAUUUAUUAUUUCCACAUUCUGUAAAGUCUAUUCCUCAGUCAAUUCUAGAAUAUAGUAAAUAUGGAUGGUUUGAGGGUGAUAGAAAACAAAAUAGAGAAUCAUCUUGGAAAAGCUGUUUAAAUGAAACUAUAGUGCCAGAAGAACACUUUUUAAGAGAUAUCCCUCUUUUUUCUAAAUCUUCAAUAGUAUCUAAUAUUGAGGAAUCUAUAUUUAGAAAGAAUUUGGAUAGGAUGGUCCAACGUGCACUAAAUGAUGCAGCAAUUCUAACUAAUCCUGUAACUAUUCAACCAUCGGAUAUAAUAGAACUAUUAGAAAAUAUAUGGGAAGGUAAAUGUGAAGAUUUACAAUUUUAG